AUGUCCCUUCUCCGCCCUCUCCUGCGCCCCACGCCCCUAUUCCUCGUCGCCGCCCUCCUCCGCCUCGGCCUCCUCGUCUACGGCUCCUGGCAAGACGCCCACUCGGCCGUCAAGUACACCGACGUCGACUACCUCGUCUUCACCGACGCCGCCCGCUUCGUCGUCCGCGGUAGCGGAGGACCGACCUCCCCCUCCUCCUCGGCGAGCCCCUACGCCCGCGACACGUACCGCUACACCCCGCUGCUCGCAUGGCUGCUCGCCCCCACCACCAUCCCUGGCUUCUUCGCCUUUGGCAAGGUCGUCUUUGCUGCUGCCGAUCUUGCCGCCGGCGCCCUUAUCCUCGCCCUGUUGCGGCGGCGGAGGCAAAGACGACCGGGGGACUCGCAAACCCACGACGAUGACGCCGCCUUUGCCGCACUCUGGCUCUGGAAUCCAAUGGUGGCCACCAUCAGCACCCGUGGCAGCUCAGAGGGCCUGCUCGGCGUUCUGACCAUGGCCCUGCUGUGGGCCGUCGAGACGAGGCGCGUCGACCUGGCCGGCUUCGUCCUCGGCCUCGCCGUCCACUUUAAAAUCUACCCCUUGAUCUACGCGCCCGCCAUUGUCUGGUGGAUGGACGACGAGCGCAUGCCUUCCUCCUCCCCCUCCAGGCCCGCAACGGCGCCGCAAUCGCCCGCCACCGCCCUCGUCAGAUUUUGCUCGCCCGCCAGGAUCCGUCUCGCGGCAGUCAGCUUCGCGACCUUUAUGAGCCUCAACCUGCUCAUGUACUCCAUAUAUGGAACCCCCUUUCUCCUCCACACGUAUCUGCACCACGUCACCCGCAGCGACCACCGCCACAACUUCUCCCCCUACAACGUCCUCCUCUAUCUCACCUCGGCCACGCCUUCGUCCUCGCCGUUGCCGCGCAUCGAGUCCCUCGCCUUCGUCCCCCAGAUGCUCCUCUCCUGCGUCCUCAUCCCCCUGGCCCUCGCCAAAAAGGACCUCGCCACCUCCAUGAUGGCCCAGACGUUUGCCUUUGUCACCUUCAACAAGGUCUGCACCUCGCAGUACUUUCUUUGGUACAUGGUCUUCCUGCCUCUCUACCUCCCAGGCUCGUCCCUCCUGCGCAGGCCGGCACUCGGCAUCGCCGCCCUCGCCCUCUGGGUCGCCGGCCAGGCCGCUUGGCUUCAUCAGGGUUAUCGGCUCGAGUUUCUUGGCGAAAGCACCUUCUUCCCGGGCCUUUGGCUGGCCUCUCUCGCCUUCUUCUUCGUCAAUUGCUGGAUCUUGGGCAUCAUCAUCUGCGACGGGGCUGGUAGGGGGCCUGAGAAGAAUACUGCCAAAGGCCACGUAGAGUAG